GACAGUCUAUAUCCGGGUUGCAUCCGAGGUUAACGAUACAUACAUUGGAGAUUUCCGAGUUCCCUGUUGUUUUGAAUGCGUCAUAGAAUGAAUAACUUUACUCAACAUAAAGGCUUGGCUUCUACAUUUAUUUUUUAUUCAAGGUAAAUUGUCGCACGUAUUGACAAAAACACUCACUUGCCAAAGUAGAUUCACAUGCAGAACGUCGUAUGUUUUCUACUGCCGCGUUCACGUGAUAGUCUGAAUUAAGACACGUUGUCAUUUUCUGACUUGCUACCUGGUUGUAAAUCAGAAAAGGCGGUACAUGUAUACAUACAAACAGGAAGCAGGAAGCAGUUGUUAUUCCACUAAAGUCUGAUCUGCACAACACGAAGCAAUGGUCGUUUAAAAUUUUGCUGAUCUGCUUUUCCACUGCCACCAUGGCCCAAAAGCUGGUAAUAAUCGACACAGAUGCAGGUAUAGAUGACGCCCAGGCGAUAAUGAUGGCCGCGGCCGUUCCAAGCCUGCAGAUCCUGGGGAUAACAUGCUGCUUCGGGAAUACUGAUGUGGACAACGUCUGUCAGAAUGUGCUGCUGGUGCUGUCUGUCUGUGAACGCACACAGAUUCCAGUGUUCCAGGGUGCUGCUGGUCCCCUGGUGGGGGCCACCAAGGCUUUCAGCGACCACUUUGGGACUGACGGGCUGGGAGAUGUGCUGGAGGACAGAGACCCACAGUGGAAGGAGAAGCUCCAGAGAGAACAUGCUGUUAAUGCCAUGAUCAGACUGGUAGCUGCCAACCCUAAACAGGUGUCCUUGGUGGCUCUUGGGCCGCUCACCAACCUGGCUCUCGCCAUCAGACUGGACCCUUCUUUCCAACAGAACCUGAAGGAGCUCGUCAUUAUGGGAGGCAACAUGGAGGGUAAAGGGAAUGUAUCUUUAUGUGGAGAGUUUAACUUUGUGAUGGAUCCUGAAUCUGCCUUCAUUGUCCUGGAGGAGUACCUCUGUCCUACACGCAUAGCAUCAUGGGAGUAUUGCUGUAGGAAUAAACUGGAAUGGGAAUUCUUUGAAAAGCUGAUUAACGAGGACACGCCUGCUGGUCGCUUCAUGAAGAUGAUCACGUCCAAGUGUUGGGGUUAUUCCAAGGAGGCCAUGCUGAGUAAGAGGGAUGUGUACUUCGGGCCUGGCUUUGUCUCCUACGAUGCUUAUGCAGUGGCAGCGUGUAUUGACAGCUCUGUGGUGACAGAGAGUAUAGAGUGUGCCGUCAGGGUGGAACUACAGGGGGAGCUAUGCAGAGGGAUGAUGGUUCUGGAUCAGAGGAACAAACUGAACAAAAGCCACCGUGUUUCUGUCAUGAAGACCUGUGAUCUGACCAAGUUCAGGCAGUUACUCAUGGCUUCCCUUAAACAACCCUGUAGGAAGUAGGCUACGAGACAGACCAACCUGAUGUCGGCGUAGGAAGUAGGCUACGAGACAGACCAACCUGAUGUCGGCCAUGCGUUGUAGAUCACCUGCUGGGUGAUGACACGGCUGCAAGCAGCAAUGAACGGGGUUCACAGGAUGGAGACUAGAACAUACAUUACAUUUACAUUUAAGUCAUUUAGCAGACGCUCUUAUCCAGAGCGACUUACAAGUUAAUUUUUACCUUUUUUACCUUUUUUUUUUUUUUUUUUUUUUUUUUUUUUUAACCAGGCAAGUCAGUUAAGAACACAUUCUUAUUUUUCAAUGACGGCCUGGGAACAGUGGGUUAACUGCCUGUUCAGGGGCAGAACGACAGAUUUGUACCUUGUCGGCUCGGGGGUUUGAACUCACAACCUUCCGGUUACUAGUCCAACGCUCUAACCACUAGGCUACCCUGCUGCCCCAGAACAGUUAGUGCUUGCUUUUUUUAUCUAUCUGCCAAAAAGUAUGAAUGAGGGAUACAAAGUAUAUUGAAAGCAGGUGCGGUUCCUGAGUUAAUUAUCGUCCCAUUCUUCAAUGGGUUUUGAGAAGGAGAGGAUGCAAUUGAUAUUCUCUAGGUCAAAUGGGAUGGCGGAUAUGAGGGAUUAAGUGAGACUGCGCAUAACAGCGCCACCCACCGGCCCAGAGUCUGAGAGACACGUAUACCUGUAUGUGUAAGACAUUGUAACUAACACAGACAACACUCAGGGCCUUAUUUUCACAUCUGAUUUGUACUGUUUAAUCAAAUAAAAUUCAUUUUAAUGAG